GGCGGCGGCUUCCUGCCACUUCUCCCGUACCGCUUCCUUUUUCUUUUUUUUCUUUUUACGGUUAAACAUGAAACUUGCGGGCACAGGCGACUUUCUGUCCGCGAAGAAACUCCAUUUCCUCGGGAAACCAGUGGAAUGCGACGUGGACGCGACGAGUCGGCGACCGCAGCGAGUUUAGUCGGAGGGGGAGUUCGUGCAGCCGGAGGGAGUUCGCCCAAGUCCGCGUCAAAGAAGAAAAACCAACCGAAAAGGAAGGUUCUAUCGAGCCGGAGGACCGACUGAGUUACCGAACGCGCCCGGACAGAAAGAGUGGUUGGUUCUCUGCAAUGUCGACCAGUGUGUCUGCAUCUUGCAGCACGUUAAGAACCUGCUGAGUCUGCAGGAAGGCAAGCACCAGGAGUGUCACCACCAGGCUGCCACCACAUUCCACUGGACCACCUCUACCCACAACAACAUCAGCCUCAUUGUCCUGCUCAUCCAUAUCUUGACAAAGCCCUGUCCGAAACUCCCAGAGGGCAUUCUGCAGCUCCGUAACAUGUGCAGCUGUUUGCACUGACUUCCCCAGGAGAGCAGAGUGAGAGCUGCCACACAGAGGGGCGACAGUGUUGAGUGAGGAACGUAGUGAGGGUGCUGUACUAUCAACAACAUCAGCAAUUUGUGUGGGAGUUAUCAUUACUGAUGUCACGUGACAGGAGUGGAAUGGAGUGAUGUUUCGAAAAAAAGCAUCAUCCUCCUUGAGAAUGAGAAGAGUAACAGAAAGCGCUAGAUAUCGUGGACGGAGCUUGUCCUUCCAUGAGGUGCGUGGCCGGCGUGAGGCAGAGAUGAGGGCGGCAGCGGAGGAAUCUUCAAGCAGCAACAACAGUGUGGGAGGAGGAGGAGGUGGUGGCAGCACCGUCCUGCAGCGCCUCCUCCAGGAGCAGAUGAACCGGAAUUAUGUGCUGCAACAGCAGCAACAACAAGGAAUUGGAGGAGGGGGAGGGGGGUACUCUGGGCACGGACAGGGACAGGUUGGCCCCUCUGAUGAUCAUUCCAUGACCCCCCACAUUGCCCGUCAGGAACCCCAGGGACAGGAGCUACAGACUGACAAUGGCCUGGAGAAGUUGGGGUCCACCAGAGUAGGAGGAGGUGGUGGGAGCAGUGGAGGAGGAGGUGGUUUAGGGACUGGAGGGGGAGGUGGUGGGAACAGCCAAGGGCAAUGCCUAAACCCCGAGGACCUACCUACAUAUGAGGAGGCCAAGGUUCAGUCACAAUAUUUCCGCGGCCAUGGUCCUCCUCCACAGCCUCAGCAGCAAAACAACCAGACCCAGCAGCCUCCUCUCCCAGCCUCUGUGGGUGCUGCCUUCUAUGUCACUGGGGUGACCAGCACCAAGGUGCGUACUGAGGGUCGCCCAACUGUGCAACGAGUGAGUGGAGCAGGCAAGGUGCACCAAGAUGAUGGGCUGAAGGAUCUGAAGCAAGGGCAUGUUCGGUCUCUCAGCGAACGACUUAUGCAGCUCUCCCUGGCCACCAGCGGAGUGAAGGCCCAUGCUCCUGUUACCAGCGCCCCGCUCUCCCCCCAGCUGCCCCCACCAGGCCCGCCUGGUGACUUCUACAAGCCGCAGCAUCGCGGCCCCCCUCCAGACUAUCCCUUUAAAGUAAUGGGCUCACCUACAAUGCAUCAGGAACCUGGAGACCAUUUUUACCAGGAGCAGAGAGGGAGGGAGCACUCAAGGGAGAUGCUUCCUGUCCGAUACCAACCGCCACCUGAGUAUGGUUCGUUCAGGUCCAGUAAGGAGGGUUCAAUUCACUCUCAGAGGCUCCUUCACCAGCACAGUCCCACCUCCUCUGUCACCUCGGUGGGCUCCUUGUCCCGUGCUCAGUCCUCCACCCUCAGCAGCAUGCUUAGCGCCUCGCACUCCUCCCAUGCCUCCUUCCCCCACCAGCAACCCCAGAGCCAUGGUGAGUCUUUCCCUAGCAUGGGGCCACGCAAUCCUGUAUCCCACCAUGCAAGUGAGCCCUUCACUUCAGGGCCCAUUCACCUGCCCCUCCAGAGAGGUCAGGGUUUCCCACAUGACCCCUAUGGCUCCACCCCAAGGAUGCACCAUCAGCAGCAGCACCAUCAGUACCAGCAUCAACAGCCGCAGCAGCAGCUCCAAGGACCAGCAUCUCCCCAGCUCCAGCUGCCAGUCCAGGCAGGAUAUUUCCCACACCCACACUCCUACUCCCACCUGCAGGGGGAACCUUUUGCAAUGAUUGCGCGUGCUCACCAAAUGGUGGAUGUGCUGACAGAGGAGAACAGGAUGCUAAGGCAGGAGAUGGACACCUGCCGUGAGAAAGUCACCAAGUUGCAUAAGUUGGAAACAGAGAUUCAGCUUGUGUCAGAGGCCUAUGAAAACCUUGCCAAGUCGUCCUCCAAGAGGGAGGCCCUGGAGAAAACCAUGAGGAACAAGCUGGAGCUGGAGGUGCGUCGGCUGCAUGACUUCAACAGGGACCUCAGAGAGCGCAUGGAGACUGCCAAUAAGCAGCUCGCUGCAAAAGAGUGUGAUGGCUCAGAGGACAACCGCAAAACCAUCUCCCAGCUGCUAACACAGAACAAAGAAACACUGCGUGAGAAGGAGAAGCUGGAGAUGGAGCUGAACUCACUACGCUCCACAACUGAAGAUCAGAGGAGACACAUUGAGAUCAGAGACCAGGCACUAAACAAUGCCCAGGCCAAGGUAGUCAAGUUGGAGGAGGAGCUGAAGAAGAAGCAGAUUUAUGUGGAGAAGGUGGAGAGGAUGCAGCAGGCUCUGGCUCAGCUUCAGGCGGCCUGUGAGAAGAGAGAACAACUCGAGCAUCGACUCCGUACAAGACUGGAAAGAGAGCUGGAGUCACUGCGCAUGCAGCAGCGUCAGGGAAGCUCUCAAAGCACUGGUGGGGUUCCCUCUGAGUACAAUGCCACUGUCCUGAUGGAGCACCUGAGGGAGAAGGAGGAGCGAAUCCUGGCUUUGGAAGCAGACAUGACAAAGUGGGAGCAGAAGUACUUGGAGGAGAGCGUGAUGAGACAGUUUGCCCUGGAUGCUGCUGCCUCUGUCGCCACUCAGAGGGAUACAUCUGCAACAGUGAUAAGCCACUCUUCCAGCAGCAGCUACGACACAUCAGUGGAGGCUCGGAUCCAGAAGGAAGAAGAAGAGAUUCUCAUGGCCAAUCGCCGCUGUCUGGACAUGGAAAGCAGGAUAAAGAAUCUCCAUGCCCAGAUUAUAGAGAAGGAUGCCAUGAUUAAGGUGCUACACCACCGCUCGAGGAAGGAGCCCAUCAAGUCAGACCUGCCAUCUGCCAUGAGGCCCUCCAAGUCCCUGAUGUCCAUUUCUAACACUGGCUCUAGUGGAUCAGGACUGCUUUCUCACAGCUUGGGACUUAGUAGCUCGCCCAUCACUGAAGAGCGCAAGGACAAUAGCUGGAAAGGCAGUCUGGGGGUUCUGCUGGGUCCCGAGUUUCGUACAGAUUCUCUCAGGACAGAGUCAAUCUCGUCAUCGCCCUCCCCGGUGCUUCCCUCCACCCCGAUGACCACAGGCCACUCGAAGACGGGCAGCAGGGACAGCUGCACGCAGACGGACAAGGGCCAGAGUCAGGACAUCAGCAAAUCCAGCACUCCAGCUCUUCAGAGCAUGACACUGCCUGCCCGCCUGUCCAGCCCUAGCCCUGUCUACAUUCCUGACCGCAUAGCAGAUGUGGCAGUGUUUCACAGCAGCACCCUGGAGCGGAGGCUCCCUGUCCAGUCUCACACACAACAGCCCCUCCCACCAACCCCAUCCACCCAACAGGAUGUGGACAACGACAUGGUGGAGAUCCUCAUCUGACCCGAUGACUUCUGGAAGAAAAUUUCCAAACAUAGGUUGCAGUUUCAUCGGAACAGACAGGGACAUGUAAAUCAUCCUGGCUCAUUCCUCACACCUGAGAUCCACACAAGACACAUUUUCAUUAUGUUUACACAUGCAUUCAUUAAAACACUUUUGCCACAUUCCCCUCAUUCCGUCACUGAAUCAGUUUGUCAUCGUCUUAAGAAAACACACUAAUCAACAGCAAAAAGCAGAAGUAUGACAUAACUUAUCUUUUCCUAAAUGUGUGUGUUAACAUGAAGUGGAUGUUCUUUGAUGCUCUCUCACAACCGUGAUGGUGAUGAUUAACUUUGGUGGAUAAUGUUUGAAGUUGAAUGAAAGUUAAUAAGUGUUUUCAGUCAUGCUGUAUGUUUGAAAAAGUUAAUGAGUCGGAAAAUAUAAAGAAAAGUAGACCAAGCUUAAAGCUUCAAAUUUACCAUAGAGAGCUUACAAACAAAUCCAUACCUACAUGUGCAAAUGUAUAAUAACUUUUACAUAAAAGGUGAAGGGUUUCUCUUUCUGUCACUCUUGAGUAUCAAAUUAGUCACUAUGGUUGGUGAAGAAGGUUUUGUUUAAAUGCACUACUUUUUGACUAAGGGCGUUGAAUGUCAUUGUUAUUAUUUGUACAGGCCAUAUUACUAACUGACGCACCAGCAGCAUUCAGCAGAUUUGGGAACUUUUAGGAGAUUUAGCAUGUAACAUUUUUCCUUCCCAGCAUGCAGACAAUUAUUAGAAGUUGGCCUUAACAACCAGCUUUGUAAACACUCCUGUGAAGUGUUGCUGUAGGCUGGUUAGCUACAUUGGACCAAAUGUCAUAUCUUCUUGUUGCAUUUAAUUGCACUAAUUAUUUUUUAAGUGUUCAUUUUUUGGCCAUUUUACUUUAAGCUUCUGACAUUAGAUAUUGUAUUUAUGUGUUAUGAUUUUUUACUUUAGUUAGACACAGCACUUGGGUAAUCAGAAAUGAUGUCAAAUAUAAAGCAUUAUCAACUAUGUAUAUGUAUGUAUUUACACAAUGUAUGUACUGUAAGGGUCUGUACAACUGUGUGCCAUUGGGGGAUCUGAGAACUAAACCUUCAGGUAUAUUUCAUUUCAAGAGCUAUUAGUGAGUUGUGGUGCCUGCUUAUCUGAUUGCUGUUUUUGGUGCAUAAUAACCUGAAGACAGAGACAGACAGACAGACACUCACACAAACACACACACACUCACACAGUUCUUUAUGAAACAGACCCAUACUGGUACACACAGUUGGUUGGUAACAGGCUAUCUAGAUUCGAACAGGCCCUUAGCAACAUGAUGGCUGCCUGCUUGACCCCACUGGUUGGGUUCACUGUCAGGUAGCAGAGGCUCUAAGUAAUUCAUUCAGUAUUUCACCUGCCAUGGUUGAGGAACAGUAUGGAGGGGAUUUAUAUUUUAUUACUAUGCACAUGUCACAAAAUUGACAAAUGUACACAUUUUUGUUAAUAUUUACAUUUUUAGUCACUUGUAUAACCGUACCUGCUACCCACCUGACUUGUUCGUAUAUCGAAAGAAACCAUGAAGUAUGAUUUGAAUUAAUACCAGCCUAUUCGGCUGGUGGUUAUGCAGUAUUGGAAUAGGGCUGCUCCUCCAUCAGCACAUUAGAUUUGAUUUUUGUUGAGUAAUCAGGCGAAGACAAUUUUCCAUUACUUUACUCUAAACAUAUUGGAGUGUUUGGGUAUUUUCCAAAGGUCAGGACUGUUAUCACUCCAUAUAUAAAAUCACUGUGUAAACUCAAGAAGUCAUCUGUCACAUUUUCAGGGUUCCAUCAGAUGAAAUAUUGUUGGCGUCUUUCCAAUCAUUUCAAGACAUUAGCAUGAAAUGAAACCUACGGUUUAAUGGACUGUACAUAUGAGUGGUUUUACGGUUGUAUUAGUUGUGUUAACCUGUUCCAGGCUGUAGCAGCAAUGUAUUUUUAAUGUAUGUGGUUAAAUCUUUCCAAUGUGGUUAAUAUUAUACACCCAAAACCAAAGAAGCUUAGAAUGGUCGGCCAACUAAUAGUGCUAUUUCAGAUGGUCAGUAGGAUUAUUUCACGGAAGACUAUGUCAUCGUAAGAAGUUGAUGAGGAGUACACUGAUAUGUUGUGAUGUACCUAGUGUGUGAGCGAGGAAUAAAGACUUUAGACCACUAAAUCCGCCACUACUGUACAGACAUCGACAGUCCUCGUGUGAAAUAAUUUAAAACCAGUCGCUUUGCUUUCUGGCACAACAUGCAGCUCUAUUUUGACUGAAAUAAUUUCUCAGCUGCCAACAAACUCUAGUUCACUGUUGUUCUGGUAUCCAUUGCCAUAUCAGUAUUGGUUAAUAAAUAUGUUGACAAGUCUUUGUAGACACUGCUGCUACAUGUUGUAUUGUCUAUCUGAGCUUUGUCACAUGUUGGGCGCACCUUAAAUCUUAGACAGGGCCACGGGUGGGAUUAGUGCAGGUUUCUCAUGUUAGAGUGCAACCUUCAAAGUCAUUCUUUAAAAAAACAAACAGCUAAAUCUACACAGUGACCAUAGUGAGGUUGGGUUUGGUGUUAAAUGGGUGUCAUGAGUCAAGAACCACACGAACCAGACCCUUCCACUAAAACAAGCACUAAAAUUUUGCUCAGUAUUAGUGUAAAAACAGCAAAACUGAGUUGGCCCUCUGGUUGCUGGCCUUCUUAUCCUUGGACCAAACACUUUUCACUGCAUGUUCUUAUAUGACUGAUAUUUUGAGUGGCAGCCUUUAUUAAACAGAGCAGAACAUUUCCAAACACUAAUAUCUUUUCUUGAGUGGUUGCGGAAAAUGAAAUGCCAAAUGUACUGUUGGGAUCAGUUGAAUUCUGUGUCCUUUUAUCAAAAUAUGGCUUUGUGUAUAAUGCUUGGACUCUUCUAUCUGGUAUUAUGACUACAGUGCAGGGUUCCAAGAAAUAUACCCGAGAACGAGCUGAAAUUCAGAAAAUCAGCAGGUUUGAGACAUUGGAACUAGUCGACAUUUGUUUGUGACAAAUCACUAACUACAACAACAUAAAUAGUUGAAAUUUUCUGUCAAUCAAUGAAUAGCUUUGGCUCCUCACAAGGUACUUACAAAAUCUUCUAAGAAAUGUUUUUUGUACCAGCACUUACAUGAACUGCUUUAGUGUUAAUGAGAAAACACCCCCCAUGCUGCUUUCACCACCGGAUCUGUAUUGUAACUUCCUGAACAUUUCAGAUUGAAACUUGGAUAUUUGACUUAUUUAUUUCACCAGAGCGCUCACCACAGGCCUCCAACCUGCACCAAAGCAUUCCACUGCAUUCAGAGUACGGAAAUAAAACUUUGGAGCCUUUUUCUUCUCUCCUACAACUUAUGCAGUUACUGCUUUAAAAACUCUUAUCAUGUUACAAGUGUCUCUACACCUGACACAAUGACAUUUAUUUUUGUGGAAAUCUGUGGAGCUGUUUGUCUUUUCCAGGCACUUGAUGUUAACAUGUCUUACGGGCUCUUCAGUCAUUAAAACCUUCUCCUCCUUCGCACUUUCUGAAAGUAUGAGCAGUUUUUCAAUAAUGUGGCAAAUGCCUGGAAAAGUAAAGCGUAGUUCAAAUAGUUGUGAAGUCAGAGUGGACUGAUGCUGAAAAUCUAAAUGCAAACAAAUAGUAAAAAUGACAUUGUUUGUACUUUAGUGUUUCUUGUUCAAGCCAAUGUGUUUCCAGUCUGUUUAUAUACAUGCUGCUGCAUUUUGUCAUUGUUGUACAAUCAUAGUUCACAGAAAAGCAGCUUUUCUUCGUUUUCUUCAUUCAUCUCAUAAUUUCUUGUUUUAUGAAGUCAUAGUUUUCUUUCUGUAAACUUUCCUGACAAACUCAAAAAUAACCAAAUGUUUGUUAUAUAGAUAAGUUCAGUUAGUAUGAACUUAUUCUUUUUAAUAAAUGAAUGCAGAGA